AUGUCUCAGGAAGUGCUGCCCGUGGAGGUGCCAGAAACACUCUAUUACAUGAAUCCAGGGAAGGCCAUGAUGCCAUCAAAUGCAAAAGCACUACAGGAUGAAGACUCAGACAUCAAUUCUUUGGGAGAUGGUGAACCGCAAGAAGAAAAUGAAGAAAGUACUGUACCAGACAAAGGUGAUUUCAAGAUAGAAUCCUCUCCCUGCUACCUGCUGACCGUAAGGAUCAUCCGGAUGAGAAAUCUCCAGCGAGUGGACACCCUAAGCCAGGCUGAUUGCUAUGUGUCGUUGUGGCUGCCGACUGCGACACAUGAAAAGUCCCGCACUAAAACUGUGAGAAACUCCAACAAUCCAGUGUGGAACGAAACCUUCUACUUCAGGAUCCAGAGUCAGGUCAAGAACGUGCUGGAGCUGACAGUGUAUGAUGAGGAUUUUGCUACUCCAGAUGACCGUCUCCUCUGUGCACUCUUUGAUACCGCUAAACUUCCAAUUGAAAGAACAGUGCUCCUGUGCUUUAAGCCCAGCCCGAAGGCCAAGGAGGAGCUAGAGGUUGAAUUCAAAUUGGAGGCCGUUUCUGGUCCUCAUGAAGCCAUUGCUACCAAUGGAGUCCUGGUGUGUCGUGAACUUUGCUGCUUGGAAGUUGAAGUGGCAGAGAAGAUGCAGCAAAAAUCAAAGAAAGAGCUUUCCCUCACCGUGAAAGGCUCCUUUGAGGGGACACAGGAUAUCACGCUGGGCCCCGACGGAGUGGCCAGCCCAUCGGGUCCCACCAAGUUCCACUAUAUCAAGUACGCGGAGCCAACACUGGACGUGAUGUUGCCAAAGAAGAGGCGCUACCACCCUUGGACCUGUAAGUACAGUACAGAGACGGGCUCCCCAGUCGUGACGCUGAAUUCGCUGCCCAUGGGAAGGAGAAUGACCAUUGCAGAGGAGAAAAGAUUUGACUUGAAUGUGAGAGCACAAAGCUGUAAUUGUUCGUGCCACCAAGACCUGGACAUGCGCUUUGGGUUUGACUUAUGUUCAGAGGAGAUGGCUUUCCUGGGGAAAAGAAAGAGAUAUGUAGCAAGUGCCCUGAAAAAUGUUUUUCACCUACAACAGGAUCUGCAGGCUCAUGAAGUCCCCGUUGUGGCUAUCAUCACAACAGGUGGAGGACUGAAGUCAAUGACAGGACUAUACGGCAGCCUCAUGGGACUCAAGAAAUUAAACCUCCUGGACUGUGUAACAUACAUCAGUGGGUUGUCUGGCACCACGUGGACCAUGGCCAACUUAUACAGAGAUGCCUACUGGUCACAGAAGGACCUAGACUCGCAUAUUGGUGAAGCCCAGAAACAAGCAACCAAAUGCAAGAUGGGCUGUUUCUCUACGGAUCGCAUGAAGUACUACAACAAGCAGCUUUGUCAGCGGAAAGAAGAGGGAUACAGGACAUCAUUUAUAGAUCUUUGGGGGCUCAUGAUUGAGUACCUACUAAAUGAUGGGAAAGACGCCCACAAACUUUCGGAGCAGCAAGAAGCACUGUGUGAUGGCCAGAACCCACUACCCAUCUAUGUGUCGGUCAGUGUCCGGGACAGCUACAGCACCAAUGAUUUCAAAGAGUGGGUGGAGUUCACCCCCUACGAGGUGGGACUUCUGAAGUACGGCGCGUUCAUUCGCACAGAGCAUUUCGGAAGCAAGUUCUUCAUGGGACGCUUGUUAAAAAAGCUCCCCGAAUCCCGGAUCUGCUACCUUCAAGGUAUGUGGAGCAGUAUAUUUUCUGUGAACCUAUUACAAAUAUGGGGACUGUCCCACAGUUCAGAGGACUUCUGGAAGAGAUGGACACAAGACAGAAUAGAAGAAGUUGAUGAAGACCCGGUGUUGCCUACAAGACCCCACGAGCUGAGGACUCGCAUGUACACUCCUCCUGGCCCCCUGUCCAGCGCCCUUCGGGGAGCGUUGACGGACCGCUUCUCCGUCGCCCAGCACCACAAUUUCCUGAAGGGCUACCAGCUGCAUAACAACUACCUGGAGAAUGAACACUUCUGUCGAUGGAAAGACACUGUGUUAGACUCGCGUCCCAACCAGCUGAUGCAAAAUCCCGAUCACUUGGGCAUGAUAGACGCUGGAUUUUUCAUCAAUACCAGCAGUCCACCACUUUUAAGGCCACAGAGGGAAGUGGAUGUCAUCAUAUAUUUAAGUUAUACUACUGGAUCACAUACAUCGUCUCUAGAUAAGGUGUACAAAUACUACUCAGAGCAGAAAAUCCCAUUCCCCAAAAUUUCUUUGACUGAUGAAGAUAAGAAGAAUCUGAAGGAGUGCUACCUUUUCCAAGAUUCAGAUUUGCCAGGAUGUCCGAUCGUGAUUUUUCUUCCUCUUGUGAAUGAUACCUUCCGAGAGUACAGAGCACCUGGUGUCAAGCGCUGUUGCUCAGAGAUGGAGGGAGGACAAGUUGAUUUGACCAGCCGCUUUUCCCCCUACUGCAUGUUCUCGGUUAGGUAUACUGAUGAGAAUUACCACCGCCUCCUGAACCUCAGUGAAUACAACAUCCUGAACAACUCACAGAUGAUUAUGCAGGCCUUGCAGAUAGCAAUGCAAAGGAGAAGGCAAAACAUUGAGCUGGGAGCUGUGCCAGUUUCGAUGGCACAGGGGUCAGCUGGGUGCUCACAGGGGCAGGUACAGGUGUCCUGCCACAGCGGUGGCUUCGCAGGUGUGCCACAGGGCGGUGUGCAGUCGGCGCUGAGUUUUGCCUCUGGCUGGCAGGGUUCAUUGGCUGGGAGAUGUGAAAUUGCAUUGCCACAGAUAACACUGGACGUGUACGUGACAGCGACCACAAUGGAGCAAGAUGGCAUUUUGUCUCAGGAGCUGAUCACUCAAACUGAUCGGCUAGGAGAAGGAAUUAUGCCGCUGAAUCCUGAUGGGGAACAGUGGAUUCCUGUUACAAAGAUAGAAUCAUCUCUGUGUUACUUACUGACUAUAAGAGUCAUAAGAGCAAGAAAUAUCCAGCCUGCAGAUGUCUUAAGCCAGACUGAUUGCUAUGUGAGCCUAUGGCUGCCAACUGCUUCAACCAAAAAAUUUCAGACUAAAACCAUCAAGAACUGCAAAGAUCCAGUCUGGAAUGAAACCUUCUACUUCAGGAUCCAGAGUCAGGUCAAGAAUGUGCUGGAGCUGGCGCUCUAUGAUAAGGAUGUGGUUACUCAAGAUGACCACCUCUUCACAGUGUAUUUUGAUAUAGCCAAACUUUCCCUGGGAGAGCAAGUCUUCAUGCACUUCAAGUGCGAUUCACAGAGACAACAGGAGCUAGAGGUGGGAUUUGCAUUGGAUAAUAUUUCAGGCCCUCCUGAAACUAUCAUUACUAAUGGAGUACUAGUGUCUCGCAAAAUCUGCUGCUUGGAAGUCCAGGUGGUCGAGAAGAAGAAGAAGAAAAAGGAGAAGAAAUCUUUAUCAAAGAAACAAUUCUCCUUUAAAGUGCAAGGGUCUUAUGAGGGCACCCAAGACAUUAUGCUGGGAUCUGAUCUGGUCUUCAGCUCCUCCUCUCCUGCCAAAUUCCACUAUGCCAGAUACAAGCAGCCAACGCUGGAUGUUACGCUACCAAGAAAGAAACAACCUCCCUCCUUUCGCUCCCGUGUGUAUGAUACAGGCUCUCCAAACGUGGAACUUCAUUCCCUUCCAAGUGGAAAACACAUGAUCUUAGCAGAGGAUAGAGGAUUUGAUUUACAUGCGAAGGCAGAAGACUGCCCAGACCACCUUGACGUGCGUUUAGGGUUUGACCUCUGCAUGCAGGAGCAAGACUUUCUAUGCAAAAGGCAGAAGUACGUUGCUCCUGCUCUGAAGAAGGUCCUGCAGCUGGAACAGGAUCUGCUGGACCAUGAGACCCCAGUGGUGGCCAUCAUGAGUACAGGAGGAGGAAUGAGAUCUUUGACCGCACUGUAUGGCAGUCUGCGGGGGCUCAGGAAACUCAAUGUAUUGGACUGUGCCACGUACCUGACUGGCUUGUCUGGUACUACAUGGACCAUGUCAAACUUGUACAGAGAUGCUGACUGGUCACAAAAGGAUCUCAACAAGCAAAUCAGCGAGGCUCGAAAACAUAUGACAAAAUGCAAAAUAAAUUCCCUUUCCUUGGAGUAUUUGAAAUAUUACAAAAAGCAGCUGUAUCAACGGAAAAGAGAGGGCCACAAAACAUCUUUUAUAGAUCUCUGGGGGCUUGUCCUGGAAUCUUUGUUGCAUGAUGGGAAAGACAGCCAUAGACUCUCUGAUCAGCAACGCGCCAUUGAUCGUGGUCAGAACCCAUUGCCUAUCUAUACUGCAGUCAAUGUCAAGAACAACUAUAGCACUCUGGAUUUCAAAGAAUGGGUGGAGUUCACCCCUUAUGAGGUGGGAUUGCAAAAAUAUGGAGCUUUUGUUCGCGUUGAGGAUUUUGGCAGUGAGUUCUUCAUGGGUCGGUUGAUGAAGAAGGUCCCUGAAUCCCGGAUCUGCUUCUUAGAAGGCAUGUGGAGUAGUUUAUUUUCAUUGAAUGUGUUAUAUAUCUGGAAUUUGUCCCAUUCAUCAGAAGAUUUCUGGCACAGGUGGACCCAGGACAAAAUCGACAAUAUAGAGGAGGAACCCCUCCUACCGCUGAAGCCGCACAAGCUCAGGACCCGCCUGUUCACCCCUCCCGGCCCCCUCGGCAGCACUCUUCGCGGUGCUCUCACCAACCGCCUCUGCGUUGCCCAGGAGCACAACUUCCUAAAGGGUUUCCAGAUGCAUAAUGACUACCUGGAGAACAAGCACUUCUGCAGAUGGAAAGAUACUGUGUUAGACACAUUUCCCAACCAGCUGACACAAUCGGAGGAAUUCCUGUCUCUGGUAGAUACGGGAUUUUUCAUCAAUACAAGCGUCAUGCCACUUUUAAAACCAGAGAGAAAGGUGGAUGUCAUCCUGCAUUUAAAUUACAGUGCAGGAUCCCAGACACAGGCUCUGGACCAGACCUGCAAGUACUGCUCGGAGCAGGGAAUCCUUUUUCCCAGGGUGGACUUGAGUGAAGAAGACAGGAAAAACCUGAAGGAGUGUUACCUCUUUGAUGGUGCUGAGACUCCAGGGGCACCAGUACUGCUAUUUUUCCCACUAAUUAAUGAUACUUUCCAAAAAUACAAAGCACCAGGUCAGAAGCGCUCGGAGUCAGAGAUGGAAGAUGGCAAAGUUGAUCUCUAUGGCCGCUGUUCCCCUUAUUCAACAUAUUCAGUUCAAUACACUGAGAAGGCGUAUGACCGUCUGGUUCAGCUGGGUGAAUACAACAUCCUGAAUAACGAAGACCUCAUUACGCAGGCCUUGCACACAGCAGUGGCACGGAAAAGGCAGAAAAAGAAAUAA